GGGCCAGUUCGCUUCCUCACGGCUCUUGGGAUCACCAGGUAGCAAGGAUUUGGACUCUAGACUGCUAGACCGUGGCGGCAGGGCUUGUAUGCUAGCUUAGUCUCUAUUUGCACCGGCAACGAUGUUUGACAUGCAAGCAACGGACGUACUGCGCCGAGAUUUGCUUGCCCAGUGUCAAGUAUAAUGUUGGUGCCUGCGGGAUGUAAGGAAGAUUAAUUGCUUUUUACUGGAAAGUGCUUUACACGACUAACGACUAACAUGUUGACAGCGUGCAAGUUAACAGCGUACACACCUUUUUCUCAUGACGAGCUGAAGCAUUGCCAAUCAAGAGGUGGUCAAUAAAGGUUGUGUUGAUAGGAAUGAUUGUUGAAAGUGGGAUGGUAGCAUAGAACGGGCAUCCUGUCUUUUCCCUUCAAAUUAUCCAGGAAUACUUGUAGUUGGUUUGGGGCCUAAAAUGGAUCAACACGGUGCUUUUCUAGGAGGAGAUGAUCAGAUGUAUAUGCCAAUUUUCAGUAGAAUUUAGCACUUCGAUUUUGUGGAGUGCAAUUUGCUCGGAAACCAAUUGCAAUCGAGCUAUACAGUCAAGGUGGGGAGCUCAGAGGCAUGCUGCUGCGGCAGAAUUUGAACACUCAGGAACCCUUCCCAGCAAUUCUCUCGGCCAGAGACCCUUGCUGAGACAGGUGUGCGCUUUGGCCGCUUUGGCACGUCACUUCGAAGGGUUGACUGGGUGUUCACCAGGGUUCAUGCCUAACGCUUAGCCGCUUAGGGUUAACCCAACAUCAACUUUCAGCACAUUAGACUUUUAGUGCAAUUGAAUUUAGCGCUUGGCGGGACCCGUUUCAGCCCAACAUCGGUAUAAUAUAAUUAUGUAUAACUUGUUGUUGCGUGAUGGAUGCUCAAGCAGCGGUCCCAGGUGAAGGUGGCCUACUCCUACGUGAAGCAAAGGAGGUCAAAUGUUCAGCUGCACGUGACCUCCUUACGCCCUGACAACCCAGCCAUGGCAUAUUUCAAGGCAGUAGGCCUGGACGGGUGGAAAGUGCACCGCCAUGAGGAAAGCCUUUGGGAGCUUUUUGUGAUUGAAGACUUGAUCGUGUCUCAUCCUGUGCCUGAUGUGCAGACAGGACAUCAGUUGAGGUUCUGGAUUAGUAGUAUACAGCAUGCAUCUUUUCAUGCCUCUCAAACAGAUGUCCAGGUCUUAUCGCCCGAUGCGGAGGAGGAGCUCGACUGCAUUGAGGAGGACAAGAUCUACGUGAUUGGCGGGUUGGUUGACCGGGUGCCGCAGAAGAAGAGGAGCCUUUUGCAAGCUCAGGGAAAAGCAGGUGCCAUCAGCGGGGCUCCACCCCAGCUGCGACGUUUGCCGGUGAAGCGCUUUGCGAGCAAAGGAGCUUACCCCAUCCUCAACGUGGAUACAGUGGUGAAGAUUCUGGUGGAGAGAAGUGCAGGCGAGAUCUCCAUUCGAUAUGCCCACACUUCCCCCCACUUCGUCCAGCCCGCUUGCGACGUCAACAGAACCAUCAACUACAUCCACACAGCCUUCUGCAGUUACAACGGGCUCACAUUCCAGCACGCCCACGUUGACACCUACUACAUCUACACAGUCUUCUGCGGCUGCAGCAGGGUCACCUUCCAGUAUGCCCACAUUGACAACAACUUCAUCUACUCUGUCUUCUGUGGCUAUAGCAGAUUCGACUUUCAGUCCCCCCACCCUGUCACCAGCUACAUCCUCUCAGUCUACUACACCGGAGCCACGUUCAAGUACUUCCACCUCUUCACCAAGUACCUCGAAGUCGACUACGCCCACGCCACCAGCUUCGCCAUCCACCUCGUCGCUCGAAGUCACCGCAGCCGGCUCCCCGGCUUUGCCCGGUUCUACUUCGUGAAUUACCCGGACGAUGACAUCAAGAGAUACACCUGGUCGACAAUCAAUACAACCUUGUCAAUCUUUACGGCCGUUUUGGCUUUCAAUGGCCUGGAUCAGCUGAUGGUCAACGUUGUGGUGGCUCCAGUCCUGGGCGCAUUUCCAGUGGGUUCUCAGGAGCUUGCUCGAGUCCUUGUUGGCUUCGUAGCCUUCCUCGCUUGGUAUGGCAUCGCGCUUACAGCCAUCGCUUUGGCGGCUGGACUUAUGAAGAGGGAUGAUGCGGAGCUGAAGAGCCGAAGGACCUGGGUCAUCACUGAUUUCAUGCGCGGAGACCAUGGCACCGCGGUGAACGGGCAUCAGCUGAUCCAGAACGCGCGUUCCAAGGGCAUCGCCGAUGUGAGGGGCGUGGAGGCGCGAGGCACAGCGAAGUCCUCUACUUGGCACAGUGAAGUCCUCAUGCUGGCACGUUCUAAACGCAAAGUUCGCCCCUUUUGUGUUUCGACGGUUCCUCUCCUAGCUGGGCCUGGGGUUGUUCAAAGACAGGCUAUCCAAGAACAAGAAGACUUAUAG